AUGCCUUCUAACGACAAUCGCUGGAGCAGAGCUGUGAGUGGGUGGAUAUUACGUGAUGUCAAUCAGAACGCAGGAAAACCGCCGACCGGAUGGUCAAACUUCUCCGUGAAAUCCUUCAACAGAUAUGAAGCUCUUCGAGUCCCUCACGAGAAGAGAAGCCAUUGGGGAACCCUUGCGAGGCUGGAACAAGUGGAAGUAUUACUGCGUCCCGCACGAACAUCAUCCAGCAACGGGAGAACAGAUGAUACAGGUUGA